CCCAACGCAAAUUGAGAGAGAGAGAGAGAGAUGGCAGGGUAUAGAGUUGAAGAUGAACAUGAUUACUUGUUCAAGUUGGUUUUGAUUGGUGAUUCAGGUGUGGGUAAAUCGAACGUUCUCUCGAGGUUUACGAGGAACGAAUUUAAUCUGGAAUCCAAGUCCACUAUUUGGGUUGAGUUCGCUACCAAAAAGCCUCAACAUUGAUGGCAAGGUCAUCAAAGCUCAAAUUUGGGACACAGCUGGUCAAGAAAGGUCUCUCUCUUCCUCUCUCUCUCUCUCUCUCUCUGAAAGAUUUGAAUGCGGGCAGGCAGGUUCAUGGGUAUGUGGUGAAAUCUGGGUUUGAGUUCAAUUUAGUUGUUGGGAGUUCUCUGGCUCACAUGUACAUAAAGUCUGGAAGUUUGGGAGGAGGAGAGAGAGUGAUCAAAGCAAUGCCAAUUCGCAAUGUGGUUUCUUGCAUCACGCUUAUUGCGGGUAUAGCUCAAAACGGGUUCUCUGAGGGUGCUUUGGAUCAGUAUAAUAUGAUGAAAAUGGUAGGUUUUAGGCCUGACAAGAUUACGUUUGUGAGUGUUAUCAGUUCAUGUUCGGAGUUAGCAACACUUGGACAAGGCCAACAGAUUCAUGCGGAAGAUGCUAUUAUAUGGAAGACUUUAUUAUCUGCCUGUAAAAUCCAUGAAAACGCAGAUAUUUCAAAAAGAAUUGCUGAAGAAGUUCUUAGGCUUGAUCCUCAGGAUUCGGCUCCUUAUGUGCUGCUGUUGAAUGUUCAAGCCUCUGCUAAAAGAUGGCAGGAUGUUUCAGAAGUGAGGAAAGUGAUGAGAGAUAGGAGGGUGAAGAAGGAGCCAGGUAUUAGCUGGUUUGAGGUGAAGAACCAAGUUCACCAGUUUUGUGUGGGUGACAAAUUCCAUCCACAAUCAAUGCAGAUUGAUAUGUACUUGAAAGAACUGACUUGGGAAAUGAAACUGACGGGUUAUGUGCCUGACACCGGCUCUGUUUUACAUGACAUGGAUGCUGAGGAGAAGGAAUACAACUUGGCACACCACAGCGAAAAGUUGGCAAUUGCUUUUGCUCUGAUGAACACUCCAGACGGUGUUCCAAUCCGGGUGAUGAAGAAUUUGCGUGUUUGCUGUGAUUGCCAUGUUGCUAUCAAGUACAUAUCAGAGAUUAAAAAAAAUAUAAUAAAAUAA